AUAACAACAAAUACAAAAGCCAAUAACCACAGGAAAAAAAUAAAUAAGGGAAAUUUCAUUUCUCUUAUCUAUUCGCCUCUACAAAUUUUUUCCUGAUAAUAUAUAUAUAUAUAUAUAUAUAACUUUCGAUACUACAUAUAGAACCUCUCUCCUUUUUCUUCUGGUUUUCAUUGAGAUGAUUUCUGUUGCCUCCCUUUUGUUUUAAUGGGAUUUGGUUUGAUCUUGUGGAACGAAUCAUGGGUUGCAAGUCUAGUAUAUUACAGUGGUUUGAAGCCUGUGCUUAUUGUUCUUACUUACUAUUCAGGUCGAAUGUAGAUGCUGGAUUGUUCGAUGAAACAUUUCUGGGGAUUCCGUUGAUAGAUAGGUAGUUGUUAUCGAGUGUGUGAUGAUAGAUAAUGUUGUAGCUUUUACCUAGUUGUGCUGCAUUUAGGUUUGUUCCAUUGGUAGGAGAUGGAACUGUUGGCAAUUUCAUGGGGCUGAGAUUAUUAGAUAUUGAAUUGCUGUAAGACAGGAGAUAGAAUUUAGGUAGUGUAGUAGAUUAGAUAUUUGAGAUUUCGACAAGAAGUUUGUGGGAAGUAACAAAUUUUAAGUUAGAGAUGGGGUUGCCUCAAGUGCCCUCCAGCAGUGUUGCUGAGGAAGUGGCCACAUCAUUGAGCACAUUUGUUCAAACUCCUGCUAGAUUUGCUGGCAAUAUGAGCAGCUGUGAUAUGAGUGGAAUGCACAUAAGUUGCCUUAGCAAUCGCACAUCAGCAGCAGAUUUUGCAUUCGCCUCGUCUAGGGGUGUUUCGAGGGAUGCUGAUGUUCUUAGUAUUCAUAAAGAUGGUAUGACAAACAUGCAUAAAUUGAGGAUUGACUCUGCAGAAAAGCAUGGCUUCUUAACCCAUAAUGGUGCAAGGACUACUACCCAGAGUCCUGCGUCAAGGAUUGUCGGGUUUGAAUCAAAAAUUGCGAUGAAAAGCGCUGCUAAUUUAUUCGAAACAAAUCCAUCUGAUGGCGUUCACUCAUCUACUGUGGUUCGGGACAUUGACAAAAUGACUGAGACUACAAGUUCAUUAGUUAGGAAACGCUUGUUGUCACCUUUGAAUGGCAUGGUUCUUCCUGAUAAAUUUCCAGGUGAAUCUCUGGAUAUUGGUGGUAGUACUGUUUUUAGGAGUAAUUCCAACUUCACGCUUGAUAAAUAUGGUGCUCCCUCACAAGAACAUAAGAAGGCUCAUAUAGGCAACACAAACAACUUUAGUAAUAGAAAUUGGUUCAUGCCAUCUUUUGCUACGGGGAAUUGUUCACCAAAUGAAGCCUAUGGAGGAGUCUCCCCUUUUGUCACAGAUGGCCCUUUGUUCAAUGACGAGGGGCCUGAAUCUGAGAUUCCUUUUACUCCUCCGUCCCCUGGGUUAGAUUUUUGUGCAGAUAUGAUAAAAACACAGUUGAAAGAUGGGGCAAUGCACAUACCCGGAGAAUUUACAUUCUCGCCACCACUGUCUCUUUCUCCUCUUGGGCCAAAAUCUCAUAUGAGGGUGAGACGUUCUGAAAGGUUAAGGAAUCCUUGGGAGGAUCAUUACGAUAACUACUUAACUUUGAAGGAUGUGGAGCACUCAUUUGAUCGAAGUCUUUCAGAUGUUCUAUCUCCUCGGAAAGAAGAGGAUUGCAGAACGGGAAGUGAACUUUUCCGAGAUGUUGAAGUUUUUGAGAUGAACUUUGAACGUGUCACGCCUGAAAGUAUAAGUGCCAUGAGGCGGUCCAAGUCACAAAACUCAGCUCCGACAAAUCAAUGUGCAAGAUUUGGUAGAAGUCUUAGUGGACUGUCUGUAAAAAGGUCCUUAGUUGGUUCAUUCGAGGAGUCACUCUUAUCUGGUCGUUUGGCAUCCAGUGUAGUUAGCCAGAGAAUUGAUGGUUUUCUUGCUGUCCUUAGUAUCACUGGAGGAAAUUUCUCACCACAUCCUCAGAAGCUUCCAUUUGCAGUAACUAGUGUAGAUGGCGAUAACUUCUUGCUGUACUACUCAUCAAUAGAUCUUGGAAGACCAGGUAGUGACGGUAAAGGCUCACGAAUCAGGAACUCUAGCACUAAUGGUUCGCAAACAAACAAGGGCCGCGUACGUAUACCGAUGAAAGGGCGCAUACAACUGGUCCUCAGCAAUCCAGAGAGGACACCUAUCCACACAUUCUUUUGUAGCUAUGAUUUGAGUGACAUGCCAGCUGGUACUAAGACAUUUUUACGUCAAAAGAUUAAUUUGUCUCUGGAUAAAGCUGCAAACAAGAGUUUAGAUAGGAAGAUGGAUAGCGGACCACCUUCAGUUAGUGUUGAGGAUUCUAUGCUGCAUAACAGUUCAAUUCUUUAUUCUAGCAAAUCCCAUGGUAGUGGCGAGGCAGGCCAUCCUGGAAGCAAACCUGUUAAUAACACUUCAAAGGUGAAUGAGAGUACUGCUAAUUCUAGUGUUCUUCGUUAUGCUCUACAUCUCUGGUUCUCGUGUCCCUAUCCCAAGAAGAGCUCAAAAUCAGGUCUUCAGUGCAAAGAUGAUCAGUCCUCUCCGACAGUAAGAAAUGUUGUGGACGUUGAAGGGGGAAGACGAUUCUAUUUGUACAACGAUAUGAGAGUAGUUUUCCCUCAACGACAUUCAGAUGCUGAUGAAGGCAAGUUGCAUGUGGAACAUCAUUAUCCAAGAGAUCCCAAGUAUUUUGACAUCAGCGACUGACAUGGUGACUUAUUGAUCCCUCACCAACUUGUUUCCUUUGUACAUAAUGUACAUGAUUAUUAUUCCCAGUUAUCUAGCAGAUGGGGGGGCCUAAACCCCCAUUUCACCUGUAAAUUCUUUUGAAUAAAUAGUUCUAUCAUUGACCUGUACAGAAUUGUACAUAAGAACUUUCUACCAUCAAUGGAAAAAAAUAAUGGAAAACAAAUUUUUGUUUUUUUC